AUGGCAGUAGCGGAUCUACUGGUCAUUAUCCUCGACCUGAUAUUGAGACACAUUCCCAUUGUUUAUCGGGAACAGUUUUAUUUCCUGGUGUCCAUCCCCGUGUGUAAUAUCCAUGCCGUCCUGCUUUAUGCAGCCACUGACUGUUCUGUCUGGUUCACCGUCACUUUCACCUUUGAUCGAUUUGUAGCCAUUUGUUGCCAGAAGCUGAAGAGUAAAUAUUGCAGUGAGAAAACGGCGGCUGUGGUUCUGGGAACAGUGACUGUGCUGAGCUGUUUAAAGAACAUUUUCUGGUAUUUUAUGCUCACAGCUCGCUAUUGGCUGGGGAACGCCCCCUGGUUUUGUGAGGUAACACCCGCUGUUCAAAUGUCCCGUGUCUGGGUCAUAAUCGAGUUCCUCCACCACAUCCUAACCCCGACUCUCCCAUUUCUCCUGAUUCUGCUGCUCAAUGUUUUCACCGUCAGACACAUUUUAGUGACCAGCAGAGCCCGCAGGAGACUCCGGGCUCACACCAAUGAGGAUGGUCAGUGUGACGCAGAAAUGAGAAAUCGGAAAAAAUCCAUUAUUUUACUGUUUGUGAUCUCAGCCAAUUUCAUCUUGUUAUGGUCAAUAUUAAUGGCGUAUUCUAUAUGGAACCGGAUGUGGAAUAUGGGGUCUCAGCUUGAGCGUGUACCUAAAUUUGUGCGGGAAUUGGGCUUCAUGCUGCAGCUCCUCAGUUGCUGCACAAACACCGCAAUUUAUGCCGUGACCCAGACUAAGUUCAGACAGCAGUUGAAGAAUGUGCUGAAAUAUCCCUUUACCCAAAUUCAUCAAUCAAUCAAAUUCACUCAUUAAUUAAUCCAUUCAGGAAGUUCUCAUUUCAGUUCAAUGUUUCGGCAAUGAAGCAGCCGGUCACUAAUGCAACAGACUGAGGAUGAAGCUGUUUUGUCCAACCUUAUUCCCCACAGGGUGACAGGAACACAUUCCAAUGUUCGUCUCAAUUCAGAGGGCAGUGAGAAAAGGCAUCAUUCCACUGACUGUACCUAUAGCUUCAAUUUGUAAAUAAUAAAAAUGUUCAUUAAAAUGUAUCAAGCA